AUGUGUAUCUGGAACUUCAAAUAUAGAGCACAGAACAAGAACUCGGGAAUCGCUCCUGUGGAUUGUGUCAGGGAUCCCAGAAUAGGGCGAAUAUGGACCAAAACUAAGGAGUUGGAGCUGUCUGUCCCCAAAUUCAAGAUUGAUGAAUUUUACGUGGGGCCAGUGCCUCCCAAGCAGGUCACCUUUGCCAAGCUGAACGACAACAUCCGCGAAAACUUUUUGACCGACAUGUGCAAGAAAUACGGCGAAGUGGAAGAGGUGGAGAUUCUUUACAACCCCAAGAACAAGAAGCACCUGGGAAUCGCCAAAGUGAUCUUUGCCACUGUCAAGGGUGCCCGGGAGGCCGUCCAGCACCUUCACAACACCUCGGUCAUGGGCAACAUCAUCCACGUGGAGCUGGAUACGAAAGGUGAAACCCGCAUGCGAUUCUAUGAACUGCUCGUUAAUGGUCUUUACACUCCUCAGACCCUUCCCGUAGGCACUGAACAGGAUGUAUCGCCAACUGUGAAUGAAACUCUCCAGUUGACAGAUUCCCUGAAGCGCCUGAAAGACAGUAACCUCUCUUCUGCGGGAUCAUCUGUUACCCCAAACAGCAGCACGCCGUUUUCCCAUGACACAGCCUAUUCCAGCUGUCGGCAAGACACCCCAAACUCGUACAGCCAAUUCACCCCACAGUCCCAAGGAACACCUCACACCCCCCGCUUAGGGACGCCGUUUUCCCAGGAUUCUACCUAUUCUAGUCGUCAGACAACACCCGUGUACCAUUUUGGGCAGGACAGUGGGUACAAACCCAGGAGACACGAAACAAAAUUUACGGAUGCCUACAACCGUCGACCGGGACAUCACUAUGUUCAUAACUCGGCAGGUGUUUUCCGAGGGACGGAGCAUCAGUUUAGUACGUACAAAUCCCAUCAGCAGGAGCCCGUUCAGUUCUCUCACACUCCUCCCCUGAGCCACUCUAGUUCUUCAAGCUACAAAUCUGCCUUCUCUCCCUAUCAAGCACCAGCUGUAUUUCCCCAGUCCGAUGAGCAGCAGUUUCCCCAGACUUCCAGAGAAACAGAGUACCGAAGGCCUGCGCCACCUCCCACUGAGAUGGUUGUGGAAAGCAGCGCUGCCACGAACAUCGAUUUUGUUCCGGUGAAGGAGAAACAGGAGGAGCCUCCACCCUUGCCCGAUUCGAACUCUGUUCCUGAAUCGAGCACAGCAUCCUUCUCUCAGACUCCAGAGAGAAGCGAGACCCCUGGCACCCCCACCAUGGAGUCCGAAAUGCAGCAUAACAGUUUAGACUCGAGGAUUGAGAUGCUCUUAAAAGAGCAGAGAACAAAGUUACCCUUUCUUAAUGAGCAUGACUCGGAUAACGAGGUCCGAAUGGAAGGUAGCCCUAUCUCCUCCUCCUCUUCCCAGCUCUCCCCCAUCCCAAUGUACGGUUCGAACUCUCAGCCCGGUUACAGAGGUCAGACUCCUUCCUCGCGCCCUUCCAGCACAGGCUUGGAGGACAUUAGCCCGACGCCGUUACCUGACUCUGACGAUGACGAGCCCAUCCCUGGGAUGGUUUCUCUGAGUCAGAAUUCCCGGGGGACGUCGGAGGCCAGCAUGACUCCCAUUGAGCAGCUGAGCAGGACCUCCAAAAUUGAGACCUCGGAGGCUAAAGAAAUGGUGCCUGGUGACCAGACUCCAACGUCGGAAAAAAUGGACGAGGGUCAGCAUUCUUCAGGGGAGGACAUGGAGAUCUCUGACGACGAGACCAACCCUGCACCCAUCACCAGUGCAGAAUGUGCCAAAACCAUUGUGGUGAACUCCUCCGUCAGCAACACAGCUGUGAUGGCCCCAUCGAUUCCCCCCAUGCCUCCACCCCCGCCACCUCCACCCACUCACCCCGCCGUCACCGUCCCCCCGCCUCCGCUCCCGGCCCCUCCUGGGGUCCCCCCGCCUCAUAUCUUGCCUCCGCUUCCUCCGUUCCAUCCUGGCAUGUUCCCUGUCAUGCAAGUGGAUAUGAUAAGUGUCUUGGGCAACCAGUGGGGUGGCAUGCCGAUGUCCUUCCAGAUGCAAACUCAGAUGCUGAGCCGCAUGAUGCAGGCACAAAACACAUACCAGUAUCCGCCUUUCAUGACGGGCCGGAUGCAGUUUGUGAAUCUUCCGCCCUACCGCCCUUUCUCGAUGGGAGCAGCUCUUGCUCGUGGACAGCAGUGGCCACCACUUCCCAAGUUUGACCCCUCGGUUCCACCGCCGGGUUAUGAGCCGAAGAAGGAAGAUCCUCACAAAGCCACUGUGGAUGGCGUCCUCCUGGUCAUAGUGAAGGAACUAAAGGCUAUCAUGAAAAGGGACCUGAACCGCAAGAUGGUUGAAGUGGUCGCGUUUCGGGCAUUUGAUGACUGGUGGGACAAGAAGGAACGUCUAGCAAAGGCCUCUCUCACUCCAGUGAAGUCUGGAGGAGAACUGGAGGAAAAACCAAAGCCGAAGGAUCGAAUCGCAUCUUGUCUUCUGGAGAACUGGAACAAAGGAGAAGGCCUGGGAUAUGAGGGAAUUGGCUUAGGCAUUGGGUUACGAGGGGCCAUCCGGUUGCCAUCCUUCAAGGUGAAACGAAAGGAGCCACCUGAAGCUGCCUCAGCAGGAGAUCAGAAGAGAAUCCGGCCCUCUACUUCUGUCGAUGAUGAAGAUGAAGAGUCGGAGAGGGACAGGGAUGCUUCCGAUACGACAUCUGACCUGUCAAAGAAGGAUGCUGAAGCAGUGGGGCUGAGGCGGCGACCAGCAAGGCCGCUGGAGCUCGACAGCGAGGGAGAAGAGGAAGAGGAAGAGUCCUCCUCGGAGAAAGAAGAGGAGCAGGAAGAAGAGGGAGGCCUGGAGGAAGAGGAGGAUGAUGAGGAGGAUGAAGAUGAUGAGGAGGAUGAAGAUGAGGAUGAAGAGGACGAUGAGGAUGAUGAUGAGGAGGAGACAGGUGUAGACACAAGUGACAAGGAGGAGGAGCAGGACUCCGAGGAGGAUGUAGCAAGUCCGUCGUCUUCGAAGGCUGAAGUUGAAUCAUCUGAUGAAAGUGAGGACUCCUCUGAAUUCGAGUCAAGUUCAGACUCAGAUGACGAAGAUGAGGAUGAUGAUGAUGAAGAGGAGGAGGAGGAGGAGGAAGAGGAGGAACAGGUGGCUGAAAAUCAAGACAGGGAAGCCAUGGUUGCUGAGACAGAGCAUGAACCUGCUGGUCAUGAGCUUCCUGAUGAUGAGAGGGAAACUAUUUUGGAGCUGUAUCCUGUGGAUGACUACAUGGAUACAAUGGGCUUGGGACUCACAGAGCCAGCUUUGGCUGUGAAAGAUGAAGGCAUGGAAGAAAUCAAGGCAGGGGAGGGUGAAUGUGGUGAAGUCCCAGAGGCAUCUAUUGCUGCUGAAACACUGAAACACUUGGUUAUGGAAAGAGACCAGGAGACAAAACAUGUGCUCUCUCCCAUCUGUAGGCCAGAGGAAGAGUCUGAACCUGCUACCAUGCUGGAGACAGAGGUACAGGAAGGUCCAAAGCCUGAAUCUCAAGAUGAUGAGGCGGGGCUCUGUCUCUCAGCUCCAGUGGGAGUCUUCGGAGAACCUCUGCCCAUUAAAAGCAGCUUCUUUAGCAAGUCUGAUGACAGCAGCAGCUUAGAAGUUUGUGUUAAAACAAAACUGCCCUUGGCAGCGGAGGAGGACGACCGGCUGCCUCGCACGCCUGGACGGGAGGUGAUGAUCCAUUCGGAGACUGAUACUCUUUUGCUUCCAGCCCACAAGGUGCCAUCCUCCAUGCUUCCCUUACCAUCGACUCCUGGUAAAGAAGAAUCUUUAGUUCCUCCAGAAAAGUUCCCUGAACAAUUACUGGUGACCAAAACGUCCGUGGAAGAGGAGGUUCCUAGGACUCCUGGGCGGGACAUUUUGGCCAAGUCUUCACACCCCCUUGCGAAGUCGCAGAGCACAGACACUGUUCCAGCCACGCCAGGAAGCGAUGCUCCACUUACGGGAAGCAGCUUGACCCUCAGUUCCCCUCAGGUCCCAGGGAGCCCCUUUUCCUACCCAUCCCAAUCUCCUGGCAUUAACAGUGGCAUUCCUCGGACUCCUGGGAGAGAUUUCAAUUUCACGCCUACUUUCCCAGAGGCUGGUGCUACCAUUCCUUGCCUUCUGUCUGGCAAGAAACAGUCAGAGGAUGAGCUCGAUGAGAAACCCUUUAAAGAGCCUCUUGGUGCUUCCCUGACGAUCAGCAUGAACAGUGUUCCUUCCCCUAUCCCCUUUGCCAGCCCCCCACAAGCAGAUUUCCGCACAGACAUCGGUCUGCCACCUGAUGAGCCAAUACCUGUAGCAGUCCUGCCAUGCGUGCAUGGAGAUGGAAGAAUGCCCAUUGAGGAAUGCAAGGCAGAAGUAAAAUCUGUUUUGCUCUCACCAGAAGUACCCACUGGUGCUUCUAUUCUUCCUCCCCCACCACCACCUUCCAUUCUUCCCAAAAGGAGGCCAGGUCGGCCAAGACGGUCACCACCUUCUGUCCUCUCGCUGGAUGUGUAUUCGAGCAAAACCAUAGAACCUCCUCCUGUGCCAGUGGCCUUGGUGGAAGGUACUGUGGGCAAAGAGCUGUUGAGUGGACAUCCUGAUGCUUUCUAUGGACUAAAAGAUCCUGAAGCCGUCACCCUGGAUUUCAGGAAUGAUGGUUUCCACGAGAAAAUAGCAGCUGAGACAGUUGCAGAGAAACUGCCAUUUAAGGAACUGGAGAACCAGUGGAAUGAAGACUUCAAGGAAGAAGAAGCUCACGUGAAACCUAAAAGACAGUGGCGACGGCCGAAGAAGACCUCUGAAGACCUCCCAGUGAUUCCUUCCCCCGAGUAUUCCCCACCCCGGCCUCAGUUCAGGCCACGCUCCGAGUUUGAGGAGAUGACCAUUUUGUAUGAUAUUUGGAACGGAGGCAUAGACGAGGAAGAUAUCAAAUUUAUGUGUAUCACAUACGACCGCUUGUUGCAGCAGGACAAUGGUAUGGACUGGCUCAAUGACACCCUGUGGGUAUUCCAUCCUUCUACUAGCUUUUCUACCCCCAAGAAAAAGAAGCGGGAUGAUGGGAUGCGGGAGCACGUGACAGGCUGUGCACGAAGUGAAGGCUAUUACAAAAUUGAUAAGAAGGACAAACUUAAAUACCUCAACAAUAGCCGAGCUUUCGCGGAGGAGCCUCCAGCUGACACGCAGGGUAUGAGCAUCCCUGCCCAACCUCAUGCUUCCACCCGGGCUGGCUCCGAGAGGCGGUCAGAGCAACGCAGGCUCCUCUCCUCCUUCACUGGUGUCUGUGACAGUGACCUGCUCAAGUUCAACCAGCUCAAGUUCCGGAAGAAAAAACUAAAAUUCUGCAAGAGCCACAUUCAUGACUGGGGCCUUUUUGCUAUGGAGCCCAUUGCAGCUGAUGAGAUGGUGAUUGAGUACGUGGGUCAGAACAUCAGGCAGGUCAUUGCUGACAUGCGUGAAAAGCGAUACGAGGAUGAAGGCAUCGGAAGCAGUUACAUGUUCAGAGUCGACCACGACACCAUCAUCGAUGCCACAAAAUGCGGAAACUUUGCCAGGUUUAUUAAUCACAGCUGCAAUCCAAAUUGUUAUGCUAAAGUGAUCACGGUGGAGUCUCAAAAGAAGAUUGUCAUCUACUCCAAACAGCACAUCAAUGUGAAUGAGGAAAUUACCUAUGACUACAAGUUUCCGAUUGAGGAUGUAAAAAUCCCAUGUCUAUGUGGCUCUGAGAACUGCAGGGGAACCCUGAACUGAACUCGAGGUUUCUCGUCACACUUGCACCUUCGGCCAUGUCAAAACUGUGGUAACCAGGUGUGGUUGCACUUUGCCAAAAA